AUGGCUCUAACUCCGACCUACAUCCCGUCGCCAAAUUGGGACAUUCACGCCGACAGUGAUAUUGUGGUCCUCGGCCGCCUGAUCAAGGACCCGUAUGAACCUGAGAGUAAGCUUCGCGCUUUCCCCAUUGCGCCGUCGACGAUAUACGAGGGGAAGAAAACCGACUGGCAAACGACCCUGGACGAGAUACGUUCGGCUAAAAUCGGACUAUGGGCGCAAUGCAUGCAGUACCUUGAGGGAGGCGUGAGCUUCAGCAUAAUCAAGUCGAAGCUGGAGAAUCACAAGUUCGAUACCCUCGAGACAACCUACUUCCUGCCAGAUGACGAAUAUUUCGAUCGAGUACUUAGUGAUCUAGACGUCCAGGCGUACUUCGAGGUAACUGGCCGGCGCAAGCCGGUGUAUUUGAUCACUGGGCUGAAGAUCGCAAGAGGAGCCAGCGCGAGCACCGAGACGAGCACCGAGAAGUCGACGCAGGCCGAGCUGAAAUUCGAUGGGACGAGUUCAGCCAUUCCGAUCAACAUGGGAGAUGAGAUAGACCACGAUUUGAAGACCACGCGAGGCGUCUCGUACAGCGGGUCCACGGACUAUAUAUUUGCCUACCGACUUACAAGGAUAAAACCGAGUAGAUGGGGUGACGGAAGCAAGAACAAGGCUUUUGUGAAGGGAGCGGCGUUCGGGAGCGACGAGGAGGAAGAUGUUACCGACAUCAAGGCUCGAGACGCUUUUGAUCUUGAAGAGGUCAGCUUAGGUGAUGACGACAUUAAUGAGGCGUUCCUGGACACCGUCGUGCAGGCUGAUCAAGACAAAAUCUGA